GCUGUUCCCAAGCUAACUCCAAGCCUCAACCCCCACCCCGGUCCCCAGGGGGCGACAUCGGCGCCGCCCCACUGCGCAGGCGCCACCCUUCGGUCCGCAUGCGCACUAGUCUGGUGCGGCCUGAGGAAAUUUCCUCUUACACGCCCUCUGCGGCAGGCUCCUGUCUCUCCACCUACUUUCUCUAUUUUACUAGCCCCUGCAGUAUUCCACAGGUCUGUUGUUUGGAGAAAGUAUCAUGGAAGUUCUGCGUCCACAGCUUAUAAGAAUUGGUGGACGGAUUUACAGGAAGAAUCCCAUCCAAGAGCAGACUUAUCAACAUGAAGAUGAAGAUGAUGACUGUUAUCAAGGUCUCGUGGAGUGUGCAGAAGAGUCCUGUGAAGCCUAUGAGGUGGUGCAGACCCCGCAAGGUUUCCGGUGUACUGUGAAGGCCCCCAGCCUGCUCUACAAGCAUAUUGUUGGAAAGAGGGGCGACACUAGGAAGAAACUAGAAGUGGAGACCAAAACUUCCAUAAGCAUUCCUAAACCUGGACAAGAAGGAGAAAUUGUAAUCACUGGCCAGCAUCGAAGUGGUGUAAUUUCAGCCCGAACUCGGAUUGAUGUUCUUUUGCUCACUUUUAGAAGAAAACAGCCCUUCACUCACUUCCUUGCCUUUUUCCUCAAUGAAGCUGAGGUUCAGGAGCGAUUUCUGAAGUUCCAGGAGGAAGUACUGGAGAAGUGCUCCAUGGAUCACGGGGUUGAUAGCACCAUUUUCCAGAAUCCUAAAAAGCUUCACCUAACUAUUGGGAUGUUGGUGCUUUUGAGUGAGCAAGAGAUCCAGCAGACAUGUGAGAUGCUACAGCAGUGUAAAGAGGAAUUCAUUGAUGACAUUUCUGGGGGCAAACCCCUGGAAGUAGAGAUGGCAGGGAUAGAAUACAUGAAUGAUGAUCCUGGCAUGGUGGAUGUUCUUUACGCCAAAGUCCAUAUGAAAGAUGGUUCCAACAGGCUGCAGGAAUUGGUUGAUCGAGUACUGGAACGUUUUCAGGCAUCUGGACUAAUAGUGAAAGAGUGGAAUAGUGUGAAACUCCAUGCUACAGUCAUGAAUACUCUAUUCAGGAAAGACCCCAAUGCUGAAGGAAGGUACAACCUCUACACAACGGAUGGCAAAUAUAUCUUCAAGGAAAGAGAAUCAUUUGAUGGCCGAAACAUUUUGAAGCUAUUUGAGAACUUCUGCUUUGGUACCCUAAAGCUCAAUUCAAUUCACAUCUCUCAGAGGUUCACAGUAGACAGCUUUGGAAACUAUGCCUCCUGUGGACAAAUUGACUUCUCCUGAGGUGGAUCUUGGAAAACACUGGAAAUUGAACAUCCUCACAAGUUUUGGUCUGCAGUUGGUUGACUCCACGGAUGUGGAACCCAUGGAUAUGGAGGGCCGACUGAACCACAUUUUGUUCAUCCAGUCUUCCAUCGAUGGACACUUGGGUUCCUUCCACUUCUUGGCUGUUGUGAAUAAUGCCCUAUGAACAUGUGUGUACAAAUAUUUGAGACCCUGCUUUCAGUUCCUUUACUACUUAGAAUUUAAACUUUAGCAAAAUAACUGGUUUUUACCUUUUACUUUCAUCUGUCCUUUUUCUUCUGAAGUUGGUACCUUUUAUAUUUCUUAGAUUCCUGUUCCUUCACCCUACCCUAACCCUCGCCUUCCCAUGCCACUGAUGGAGCUGCAGUAUUGUAGCUCUUUUCUGUUUACUUCUCAGGGCAGCAGCAAUCAAAACAAUGGUGAUACCAGCAGGACUAUGCAGAGUUCCCUGGGAGAGUGUCAGCCACAGAAGGCACUCACUCCUUCCUUGCUGCAGACCAGCAAAGGGAGGGAGCUCCCAGCACAGGUUUGCCCCACCCAUCAGUCCUGCCACACUCUCUGCUGGGGAGCUCUAGCCUCACUGUUACCUCUCAUCUCUACCCCCUCACAGCCUUUCUGCCUCCAUGGCCUCUCU